GUCCCGCGCAAGACUGCGCCCAUGUCGUCUUACGCUGCGCUGGUGACCAGCUCCCCUCAACUUUCCCCAGCGGAGCAACUUCAAUUCAUACAGGACUAUCGUUUUUGUCGUUCAUUCGUUCUUUUGGCCCUGGCCUUGGUUUUAUACGACUAUGCUUUGACGCUUGCUUCGGAGAUUGCCUGUAUGCUGAAAGGGAAGUUUCUUUGGGCGAGAAUUAUGUACCUGGCGUGUCGGUACUGCAGCGUACUACUCGUAAUCCUUGCCAACAUCCUGAUGUUUUGGGUGGAUUUGUCCUCUCAUGCAUGCUUGUUCGAUAUGGUAUUACAUGUUCGUGAUUGGAGCUAUGCCUGGACAAAUAUCGAUUACUAUCAUCAUGAUCCUCAGGGUCUAUGCAAUGUACAACUGUAAUCGACGAGUUCUCAUAGCUUUAUUCUCAGCCUUUGCACUCGAGGUUGGAGCGCUAUUCACGCUUAUCAUCAUCGUGGCCUCAAGGCUAGAGACUAUUGAAGUUCCAUAUACGUCUGGCUGUUUCCCGGUUAACACCCGGCAAUUCGCCUACGCGUUCUGGAUACCCAAGAUCGUAUUUGAACUCACCUUAUUUGUCCUCGCAGGCCGGUGCUGCCUUCAAGAAUAUUAUAAACGGCACCCAACCCCGCAACUGCUCAACGUGCUUCUACGAGAUUCCGUGGCUUUUUUUGGCGGAAUCUUUGUUUUCAACCUGUCCAACUGUCUCAUCUGGGCGAUCAGCAGGCCGACGCUUUUCGUUGCCCUCCCGGUCCUUCAAAUCGCAUUUGAGUCCGUCCUAGGAUGUCGAUUACUGCUCAAUCUCAAGGAAACGGCAAAUCCUUGGCUCCGAUACGAUUCUGCGAUUUACGGCAUGCAUUCUUCGCUUAGCUCGAGUGCUGUCUUUGCGGAGUAUGGAAGUGACGAGACCCCAGCCGUAUUCAGGAUGGCGCGUAUACCUGCAAAGUAAUAAAGCAUUGAUGUCUGGUUGUAUAUAUACAGGCAGUGUUGCACCCGCAUGGCCUAAACAUUCAUUUAAAGUCAAUUCACUCCUUUUCAGACGU